AUGAGAGCUAUUUCUAGAGUUACAACAUUGUUUCGAUGCUAUAGCACAAUUCCAAUACCAAAAGCCGGACUGCCAUUGGGCGACUGUACGAUCGAAUGGGUCAAAUCUUUGAUAAGUCAAGAAGUCAUGUUGCAAGAUCAACAAGACAAGUUGAUGAAGUUUGCAAUGCCAUACUAUGGACAAGAAAAAGGUGUUGAUGGUUUCAAGGCUGUGAAUGAGAAGAUUGUGAUAAACGGCUCUGGGGAUACUAUCAACGGAAUCAGAGUGGAAAACUUGAAAGAUCAAGACACCAUGGGAAAGAAACCUCUUCCGUUGGUUAUGUUGCAUGGAUACGGGGCAGCAUUGGGGUUAUUUUUCAAGAAUUUUCAUGGGUUAGUCAAAGAUCAACCAGGAUCUACAGUGUAUGCAUUGGACUUGCCUGGGUUCGGAUUGAGUAGUAGGAAACCAGAGUUGGAUGUAAUGGAUGAAACUCUGAAACAUCUGCAUAUUCAGUUUGAUUCUCAAACCGUGGAGCAUUAUAAGCAUAUCCACAGAUCUUUGAGGAUGCCAGACAUGUUUAGCUUAGACUAUAAUGAGUUUGAAAAUUACAAAAAAGGUCAAAAGGAAUUGAUUGAGCAUGUCGAAAGUAUUUAUAUUGAUGUGCUCAAGAGAUGGCUAGACGCUAAACUUAUAGACAAAAUUGAUUUAUUAGGUCAUAGUUUUGGGGGCUAUAUGUCCAUUGCCUUUGCUUUAAAGUAUCCAGAGAGAGUGAAUAAAUUAGUGCUAGUUUCACCGGGGGGAAUCGAAAGAAGCCCUUAUGCAAUCACUAACAAGUUACGAAAACCAAAAGAGGGCACAUUGGUUGAAUUGAAACCAUCAGGAAAUCCUGCAGAUUACAGGUUUCUGGGGCGAUUACCCGUGAUGAGUUCAACUUUUAUGAAAUUCUGGGAAAAGGAUAUCACCAUGUUUGACUUAUUGAGGCUUAGUGGACCCAUUGGAGCCCAAAAAUUAACUGAAUACAUCUUCAGUAAGUACAACCGUAAUAAUCAGUUCAACAGCUAUGAAGAACUGAAGACGAUGUCACUAUAUAUGUACCAUUGUUUCAGCAAGGCAAGUUUCAGUGAUCGCACUAUUUUAAAGAUCUUUAGUCCCACCGUUGUCGCAAAAUACCCCAUGCUAGACAGGAUUCAUGAACUAAAAGUGAAAGAAAGCCUGUGGAUCUAUGGUGAGUUUGAUUGGAUGUUCAACAGUUGUGGUGAGGAGGCAGUAAAGGAGCUCACAGGAUAUGGCAAGAGCGCCAAAUUCGACGUAGUGAGCAGAAGUGGCCAUAAUCUGUACCUGGAUAGCCCUGAAGAAUUUAAUCAGAAGGUGAAAAAGUUUUUGCAGUGGAAAUGA